UUUUCAAAUGUAUAUAAAUAGUCUUUGUCUUUAGAUUGUUGGGUAAAGGAAACAGCAUCGUCGUUUAAAAGUACACUGUUUGAGAGAAAGACCAUCUUCUCCUUUCUAUCCUCAGCAGCGUCGAAGAGGCAGUGAUGAGUUCAAGUACCAAAACUUUUACCUUUGAGGAGGUGGCUAAGCACAACCACAAGAAGGAUUGUUGGAUUAUAAUCAAAGGAAAGGCGUAUGAUGUGACCCCAUUUUUGGAUGAUCAUCCAGGAGGUGAUGAAGUUUUAGUGACCGCAACAGAGAAGGAUGCCACCAUUGAUUUUGAAGAUAUUGGCCACAGUGACUCAGCAAUUGAGAUGAUGCAGGCAUACUUUGUUGGGGAUGUUGACACCAACUCAAUUCCAGCAGCACAAGCUCCCAAAGGCACUCCAAGCCCACCUACACAAGCACCUGCCUACAACAAUCAAUCUUCUGGAUUUGUGAAGAUAUUGCAGUACCUGGUGCCAUUGCUGAUCUUGGGCCUUGCAUUUGCUCUGCAGUACUAUGGCAAAAAAAACAAGUCCACUGAAUAAGAAAAUUGAAUAUGAGCUGUGGCCAUAGUUUUAGUGCAUCUAUUAUCAAAGUCUAUAUCAAAAGUUCUCUUAGGGGUAAUAAAGUGGCGGCAGUGUUGUUUCUUUUUCUUUUUCCUUUUUUCUGGGUAUCAUUUAAAAGUAUUUUGCUCUCUCAAUUAUCAUGCAGGGAUUAAUUUUGUUUCCUUGAUUUGCUAUGGCCUCUUUCUCAGUUAUGCUAGUUGCUCAUUUGGGAUUAUCUCAUGAAUAAUAUUUUGAAAUAGAUUUUAUGUGCAGAUUAUUGUAUUA